UACCGAAAAGACAUCGAGAUGCAAUAAUAAACAGAUUAUUAUUUACCACUAAAAUGACUAAGGAAGUAGUGAUAAAUAUCCAACAAUAUAUGAGGAACAAGGAUAAAAGCCGGGAGUUUCCACUGAAGAGCCAUGAAUCAACAGACAGUUUUCCUGAUAAUUGUCUGCACUUGGUGCCAGUUGCAAGGUGGCUGUGCCCAGAGUUCAAGGCCACAUAUCAUUGUAAUAUUGGCAGAUGAUUUGGGCUGGAAUGAUGUCAGUUUCCAUGGUUCUAACCAGAUCCCUACCCCAGCUCUGGACACUUUGGCCUACACUGGGGUGAUGCUGUCUAAUUACUAUGUCUCUCCAAUCUGUACUCCCUCCAGGAGUGCCCUGUUGACAGGGAGACAUCCUAUUCAUACAGGCCUCCAGCACGGUGUCUUGGCAGGUGCUGCCCCCUAUGGUUUGGGACUGAAUGAGACCAUCAUGCCUCAGUAUCUGAAGCGGCUCGGUUAUGAAACUCACAUGGUGGGAAAGUGGCACCUUGGGUUCUUCAAGAAGGAGUACACCCCGACUUUCCGAGGGUUUGACAGCCAUUUUGGCUACUGGCUUGGCAAGGAGGGCUACAGCAAUCACAAGGCUUUUGCAUAUCCAGGAGCUUAUGGUCUUGAUUUCCGCCGUGAUAUGGCUCUGCAGUCAAACUACAGUGGGAGAUAUUCAACAGAACUUUUCACUGAGGAAGCCACCAAAAUAAUUCAGAGACAUGACACCAACAAGCCCCUGUUUCUCUAUCUUCCACACCAAGCAGUCCACAGCGCCAAUCCAUGGGAUCCACUUGAAGCACUGGACAAGUAUUAUAAACUGUUUCCUAACAUUCAUGAUGAAAAUAGGAGAAAGUUUGCAGCCAUGGCAGCUGCCUUGGAUGACUCGGUGAAGAAUGUGACCAAAGCUCUGAAUGAACGGGGCAUGUUGAACAACUCUGUGAUAGUGUUCAGCACAGAUAAUGGUGGUCCUGCUGCUGGAUUUAAUGCCAACCAUGCCUCCAACUGGCCACUGAGAGGUGUGAAGACAACACUUUGGGAGGGAGGUGUGAGAGGUGCUGGCUUUAUAUGGAGCCCUCUCAUCAAAAAUUCUGCCAGAAAACUUCCUGAUCUCAUGCACAUCUGUGACUGGCUACCAACCCUGUAUCAUAUUGCCGGAGGUGACUCAUCCACACUAAAAAAUCUUGACGGAUUCAAUGUGUGGAAUACUCUGUCACAGGAUGCCCCCACCCCCAGAGUUGAAUUGCUGCAUAAUAUUGAUCCCAUGUUGAAUUAUUCAGCUGUAAGGGUUGGCGAGUACAAGCUUAUCUUGGGUAAUAUUUUUGGUGGUACUUGGGAUGGCUGGUAUGCUCCCGAACAAUACCAUCUUCUAGAUGAAACAGAGCUUGAUAGAAACUCACUGCAGUACAAGACAUGGCCAGACAUUUCUCUAGAUUCUGAUACAGCAAAAAACAUGGUGAAGAUGACACAAUCUGAGACAGGUAAUAAGAAAAAUGACAUAUCACAUGAAGUAAAGCCCAAUGGAAGAAUACUUCUAAAGAGGAGCAUUGGAUAUUCAGACCAAAAGAGUGAUUUCAUGCCAUUUUCUGAUAAAUUGGCAGCACAUUUUGGGAUGUCUGCAAUUAAUUCUGGGAAGCAUGCAAUGGAAUCUGGGAAAUCUCUAAAAAAUCAUGGAAUUGAAAAUGACGUGGUGUUAGACAAAGAGCUUCUUGGCAUUGUGUCCCGAUAUAUUCCAGUAGAUGUGGACACGUUUCACCUCACUGUGACUCCAGAUGUGGUGACUUGUGGAGCCAAGCCUGCCAAUGCUAGUACCAACUGUCAGCCCACCAAUUCACCCUGUCUGUACCACAUUGUGAAAGACCCUUGCGAGUACAACAAUAUAGCAAAUGAAAAUCCACAACUCGUGGCAAAAAUGUUGACAAGACUGAGGGAAUUCAAUGCUACUGCAGUGCCCCCUAGGAAUAAACCACAGGACUUGAGAGGCCUCCCUAUAUUCAAUAAUGGCGCCUGGGGACCAUGGAUGGAUGGGCUAUGAAUUUUCUAUUUUGUAUUCUUUCUGUUUCCCUAUUUUUAUCUCCUUUAACAGUUUGAAUUUUAAUUGUUCACAGUCCUUUUGAAAUGAAAUGACAUACUUUGCAUGGGUGCUUGAUGUUAAUUUUUUUUCUGUCUUUUGUAUUCUUUCUGUAUCCCUAUUAUUAUCUCCUUUAACAGUUUGAACUUGAAUUGUUCACAAAUCGUCUUGAAAUGAAAUGAUAUUCUUUGCAUUGGUGCUUGAUGUUAUAAUUAUGGAUGAAAGCAAUCUGAAAGUCUAAUGCAUUUCUUUUCUCCAUCUCUAUUAUUGGUCUCUGGGUUUAAUGUAUGUACUGUGCUAUUUCUUUCAAUCUUGUAUGUUUUAAUGUAUGUUUUCUCCAACUAUUUGAUCAAAACUGUUUUUGCUUAUCAUUUGUUAAUGAUUUUUUACUUAAUUUACUGUAGCAUAAUUUUUCUAUAAUUGACUCAAAACAAUAAAGGCUGUCCUUUUGUUGUCAGAUUUUAAUUUGGUGGUUCUGGUCUGUACAUUGUAGAUGAUGUACUCGGGGAUUUUUACAAUCCUUGGAAGAAAAUCUUAGUUACCUGACACUUUAGGAUUAGAUGAGAUCUGUUAACAUGUGAAAUAAUAAGU